UGUUCUAAGAGACCAGAAGGGGCAGUAGCAGAAAUAUGUCACUUGAGGCACUGGGCAGCAUUGCUCAGGAGUGCUUGGGGCCACACCAGACAGAUCCACUGUCCCUGGCGUGCCCCAAACUACUUCCCAAAUGUUGAUCGGCCUCUUAAGUCAGAGGCACUGUUUUAAUGGUAAGGUAGCUUUCCACCCUGACUUCUCACUUCCCUCCUCUCUGCUUCCACUUUUCAGCUGAAGGGAAAAUGUUGGGGUGGGGUUUAGUGUUUCCUUGGGUUUUUGUUGUUCAUGUGUAGUUCAAGUCUGUUGCCAGUGCUGGGAAAUGGCUUUUCCCAGGGCUUGAGCUCGAUUACAGGUGUAUCAAAACCUCAGCACAGACACAUUUCUAUUAUCUAUGUGGAUAAUGCAAGUUGUCAGCUUCUAAGACUGGAUAGAUGGAUAGACUGGAUUCUUGUUUGCCAAGAAAUGUCCUCUGCCUUAUUGCUCUCAUUACAAUAAAUAUUUGCUUGGGGGUGGGAAGCUUCUGUAAAAUUGCAGGUCUGAAAACUUUUUAACAAAUAAAUGAACGCUUUGAAACCAUAAUGCUUUUUAACAAUAGCGUGGUGUAAAAACCCUUUUAGUGAGUCCAAAGACCAUAUUUCUGCUGACUGAACUGUCUGGUACUGUGACCUGUGUGUAGAGAACCAGUUUUGACUUUUCUUUUCUGUACUCUUUUAAUCAAAGGGUAGCCUCUGAGGGUAAGUGACUAAGACUUCUCCUCUGCUGCCCAUGGUGCAGGGAUAGCUGCCGUCUUCAGUCAACCCAAAGCUCUCCAAAGAGAAGGCUGGCUCUAGACAGGUGGUAUAUACAUGAUAGUAGAGUAACUGGCCAACUGCUUCUUGUGCUUAUACUUUUAUUUUUUUAUUGUGCAUUUUUGACUGUUUGUAUAUUUUUAUAACCUGACUGUCGAAGUUACGAAAGGGUUUUAAUGUUCUAUCUCGUAAUGCGAUGUGUUCUUUAAGUGAUAAAGCAAAUUUAAGGUGGGGUUUAAGUCUUAAAGGGAUGGAUUAACACAAAAAAAUACGAGUAGUUUGCAUUUGUAAACUAGUCAGAAAACAUUUGAGUACGUGUUUGAAGCGUGGAGACAAAUGUAACACUUAGAGACACUUCCUGACUUCCCAGUACCAUUGCAUGGAGUACUGGAAUGUGAGGUAUGGACUGAUCACUGCCAGUUAUCUGCUUGUAAUGGGAGGAGGAGGGGAGGAGGAGGGAGGGAGUUACCCUGCUAGAGAAAUGGGUCAGAUGUUACAAUAACACAUCUCUUGUGCUCAUGUUGGUUGCUUCCAGUACCUGCAAACUGGUGGGUAUCCAGUAUAGCUGGUUUUUGAAAUGUGCAUUUUUCACAGCUUUCCCUUUUUCUUAAAAUAUUGUGACAAGGAUUCAUUUCCCCACAUGUCUGAUUCUGAGCCCACAGGGAAGGUGUGCAGAGGCCAAACCUGGAGCAGGCAUGUCUUUCAAUUUGGCACAUUAAAAAAAAGGCUGUGUGACUUCCAGCUGAAGUUCCACUUUAUCUCUUUUUUUUUUUUUUUUUGACCAAAAGGUUUGUGCUCUCUUUGUAGUGGGACAAGAAAAGUAGGUUUUGAAGUUCUUUUUUUUCCCAGAAAGAUGAGCUGAAUGGGUAGUGUUGCUUCUCUGGGGUAGCAGUUGUUCUUUGUGUAAACAGGAAUGUAGGACAAGUGGGAGUUGGAUACUCUUGGGAUUCAAGUUCCUUUGUCUGCCCUUGUAAACUGAUUGCAGAUGUCUGGCCUGUGGUCUCUGCUUUGGAUGUCUUGGGGAUCAGUGAAUCCUUGUAUACUGGGUACCCACACGGUUAAUUACUACUUUAAAACAUAAUAUUUUGAGGACUUCUAUUGUGUCUGGUUUUAGUUUUUCUCCAUCUGAUAUUUUGCUUGAUAUAAGUGCUCAAAAACUAGAUCUCUUAAAGCACAUCAGCUGAGAGAUUCAGAGGAGGUUACUUUGUGUAUUUAAGAUUUAGCAGGAUAAUUCUUAAGUGUACUGACUGGAAUAUGUGCAAUAUUUUACAGUUUUCUCAUUCUGUGAAUAUUCAUUUUAAGCAACCUUACUGAAAUGGGACAAUUUGGAAACCUUAUUUCAUGUGCCAAAGAGGAGAUCUGCCCGAAUACUGACUGUUAUCCUGAACUGACGUUCCCAAACAACCUGAUUUCUUCUAUGGCUGAUUUUUUGCAUCAAAAAGAAUUCUGUUCUGGAUGGAAAAAUCCUGCUUCUGAAGGAAAUGGACCCCUUAAAUCCCAGUGGGAGUUGUCAUGUGCCGAAGAGGACUGCACUUUCCUGGGACAGCUACUGAAGGAGCUGCAGCUUUUGCCAGACAUCUGGUUCUGCCCUAUUGCAGGGAAACAUGUGAACCUAAAAUUCUAUAACUGAGUACUCCAGACCAUAUUGAACUACAUGAACGACAGCCUGAGAACUGAUGUCUUUGUGAGGUUCCAGCCAGAAAGCAUUGCCUGUGCAUGCAUUUACCUGGCAGCCAGGACUCUGGAGAUCCCGCUUCCCAAUCGCCCGCACUGGUUUUUGCUGUUCGGAGCGACGGAGGAAGAAAUCCAAGAAAUCUGCUUAAGAAUUUUGCAGCUCUACACAAGGAAAAAGGUGGAUUUGUCUGACCUGGAAAGUAAAAUAGAAAAGAAGAAAUUAGCUAUUGAAGAGGCAAAAGCACAAGCUAAAGGGCUGGUACCUGAGGGAGUCCCGAGUUUGGAUAACACAUCAGGAUUUUCCCCUGCCCCGAAAAAUGAGUCUCCAAAGGAGGUUAAAGGAAAUAAACCUUCCCCACUACCUGUCCAGGCAAUGAAGAAUGCUAAAAGGAAAACAGAGGGAGCCAAAAGAACGAGCUCCAAUAGCCCAGUAAAUGGUGUCCAGAAAGGGAGGGAGAGCAGAAGUCGGAGUGGGAGCAGAGAUCAGAGUUACUCCAGAUCAGCCUCGAGAUCUGCAUCCCCUAAGCACAGGAAAAGCGAGAGUUACUCCACCUCCAGCGGCUCCAAAUCCCACAGCCGCUCCCGGAGCCGCAGCGACUCCCCCCCGCGCCAGUUCAACCACAGCUCGGGCUACAAAGGCUCCAAGGUGAGGAGCUACAAGAAAUCCAAAGACUACAAAUACUCCACACACAAACCCCGCAAAUCCCGCAGCCGGAGCUCGUCCCGCUCCCGCAGCCGCUCCCGGGAGCGCUCCGACCACUCCGGCAAGUACAAGAAGAAGAGCCACUACUACAGGAACCACCGGCACGAGCGCUCCCGCUCCUACGAGCGCGCCGGGCACCGCUACGAGCGCGAGCACCCCGGGCACAGCCGGCACCGCCGCUGAGGGCACCCCCUGCUCCUGCAGCCUGGCCUUCGAACCACCUCGCUCCCUAAGGUCCAUCCUGCUGGAGCUCCCUGCUCCUUCCUGAAUCCAAAGGGUCAGGGGCUCCGUGGGAGAGAUGUCCCGGUGACUGUUGUGCUGGAGCGUCACCCGUCCUGCUCUUUAGUGAUUCCCAUCCCGUAGCGUCCUGUCUGGGACUUCCACUUCCCUGUGGCUCAGCCCUUGGAAUGCUGUGCCCUGUGGAACUGGAAGGCCCCCAGGCAGUUCCUAACCCCUGGGAGUGGCUCUGGUGCUAACAAAAGCUGUCUUUUCAUACUGACUCUGGUGUUGUACAGAUGGGGGGUGACUUUUCUAGCCCUGUUGCCUAUAUUAGGUUCUAUGUGUAUAUAUAUUUUGCAGUGUUACAGUACAAUAUGGAAAUAUGGCCUUACUAGCCUUUACACUUUAUCCACAAUUGUAAAUAAGCAUUUGUUUAAUACAGGUGAAGAUAUAUACAGAAAAUUCAAAACUUGAAUUCUAUAAAAAAACAAACCCUUGUGUAGAAAAUUCUGAUAAAUGUGAAAGUAUUUAGCUCUGUGCAUUGAGAGUAGUAUAUUUUUAUCUGUGCAAUGCUGUGUGCAGGCCACCAGCUCAUAAGACAUUUCCUAUAUAUACAUUUUGCGUGGUUUGAAAUUCUUUACUCAGGAUCUUUGACACUCUGAAGAAUUAGUAGUUUGUCAAUCUGCAUGCUUGUUGGAGAACAGAGCGUUUAAAAGCCAAUUAGCAGACCCCCACAGCCCAGUAGUAUCAGUUCUAGUGGUAUAUCUGAGCUGUUACUCUCUCAUGCUCCCUGAUUUCAUUAAAGUAUUUGAUUUUCUAUUAAA